CCUUGUCCUCUGCCUCUCGUCUUACUGUGUAGACGCUCCUCAGCUCUCGUCAGCCUCGGGCUGUCCUUUGAAACCGAACGCCAUGCCUUCCAUUAAGUUGCAGAGUUCUGAUGGAGAGAUAUUUGAAGUUGAUGUGGAAAUUGCCAAACAGUCUGUGACUAUCAAGACGAUGUUGGAAGAUUUGGGAAUGGAUGAUGAAGGAGAUAAUGACCCAGUUCCUCUACCAAAUGUUAAUGCAGCAAUAUUAAAAAAGGUCAUUCAGUGGUGCACCCACCACAAGGAUGACCCUCCUCCUCCUGAGGAUGAUGAGAACAAAGAAAAGCGAACAGACGAUAUCCCUGUUUGGGACCAAGAAUUCCUGAAAGUUGACCAAGGAACACUUUUUGAACUUAUUCUGGCCGCAAACUACUUAGACAUCAAAGGUUUGCUUGAUGUUACGUGCAAGACUGUUGCCAAUAUGAUCAAGGGGAAAACUCCUGAAGAGAUUCGCAAGACCUUCAAUAUCAAAAAUGACUUUACUGAAGAGGAGGAAGCCCAGGUACGCAAAGAGAACCAGUGGUGUGAAGAGAAGUGAAAUGUGCCUGACACUGUAACACUGUAAGGAUUAUUUCAACUACUAGUUGCACUGCUCUGUUUAUAAUUGUUAAUAUUAGACAAACAGUAGACAAAUGCAGCAGCAAAUCCAUUGUAUUAGCAGAAUACUGUCCUCAUUGCAUGUGUAGUUGGAGUACAGAUUCCAAACCUAUGGCUGACUUUCUUCUAGUAGAUGGAAGUUUUUUUUUUCUUUGCUCUGAAUAAAACUGAUCUGUGGGUUCUCUGUAGAAAGUGGCAUUUUGGGCUUUCCCUCUUUUUUGUAAAGUGAUUUCUGCCUAGUUUAUCGUCCGGUUAACUUUAGUGAUCUUUUAAAAGUUGGCAUUGUACAUAAAACAACUUGCAAAAA